AUGAAUGUGUGGCUAACACCCUCUCAUCUUCCAGUUAUUCCCACUAAGCUUACCAUUCACAACACUCUCCUUGCAACUACACUCUCCUUUGGCUUAUUCUUUUCUCCUUUCCCUUCUUCUGCCUCUGCCUCUGCUAUUCAAUCCCCUUCUCUUCUAAUCCCUCUUUCUCCUUCCUCGGAAAAAUGCCGGGAUGUUGAGGUAAGAGAUGGAACGGUUCCAACUGCUCCUGAAGUUGUUACCAAUGAAGGACUUGUUCAGGAAGCUUGGCAGAUUGUUAAUGAUGACUUUCUUGACACUGGUCGCCACCGUUGGUCUCAAGAUACCUGGCAGCUGAAGAAGAAUGAUAUUUUGAGCAAUUCCAUUCCAACACGGUCAAAGGCACACCAAAUCAUCAAGCGAAUGCUGGUCAGUUUAGGUGAUCCAUAUACAAGGUUUCUUUCACCAGAGGAGUUCUCCAAGAUGGCGAGGUAUGACAUGACUGGUAUUGGAAUAAACCUUAGGGAAGUUACUGAAGACAAUGGAGACCACAGGCUGAAGGUAUUGGGAUUGAUAUUGGACGGUCCUGCAUAUUCUGCUGGUGUCAGACAGGGGGAUGAAAUAUUGGCAGUCAAUAACAUGGAGGUAAAGGGAAAAUCAGCAUUUGAUGUAUCAUCCCUGUUGCAAGGCCCUAACGGAACAUCCGUGACUAUUCAGGUCAAGCAUGGAAACUGUGGACCUGUUGAAUCAAUAGAAGUUCAGCGACAAUUUGUGGCUCGCACACCUGUCUCUUACCGGAUGGAACAGGCUGACAGUGGUGCUGCUCAUGUUGGGUAUAUCCGCCUCAAGGAGUUCAAUGCACUGGCUCGAAAAGAUUUAGUCAUCGCAAUGAAGCGACUUCAAGAUAUGGGUGCCUCAUACUUUGUAUUGGAUCUAAGAGAUAAUCUUGGUGGGCUCGUACAGGCUGGAAUUGAAAUUGCAAAGAUUUUCCUAAACAAAGGAGACACGGUCAUCUACACUGCUGGGAGAGACCCCCAGUUCCAGCAAGCUGUUGUUUCAGAUACUUCACCAUUGAUUCGUGCUCCUGUUGUUGUUUUAGUGAAUGACAAAACUGCUAGUGCAAGUGAAAUAGUUGCUUCUGCACUCCAUGAUAAUUGUAAAGCUGUUCUUGUUGGAAAACGCACAUAUGGAAAGGGUUUAAUCCAAUCUGUAUUUGAGCUUCAAGAUGGGUCUGGUGUGGUUAUUACUGUUGGGAAGUAUGUAACACCAAAGCAUAAGGACAUAAACGGAAACGGAAUAGAACCCGACUUCCAGAAACUUCCAGCUUGGGAUGAUGUCAGUCAACAUCUUUCAAAAUGCAGUUUGCUUCAGCAAGGAUAA